AUGUACGGGAUGGGAGAGGAGAGGUUGCCGAGAAUUGUAUGGGAGGCGAAGUGGGCAAACAAAAAGAGGGGUAGACAACCCACGGAAUGGGUCAAGGUUGUAGAGGACGUAUGGAAGGGGCUCGACAUCGACGAAGAUGAAACGCUGGAAACGGAGGGUCUACAGGGGUUCAAGGAGAAGAUAUCUGUUGCUUGUGCCGAGAGAGAAGAACAGAAUCUGAGGAAAGAAUCCAAGGAUAAGGAGGGUCUAGAAGUGUACGGAAUGUUGAAGGAAGGAAUAGGGUUCAAGGACUACCUACAUGGACCAAUGGAUGCAGGAACAAAGCUUAAGGUCAAAUUCAGGACCGGGGACAUAGGCCUUCGAGAACGUCGACGAAGACAUAGGACGGUAGGCGACGAAGACGACGAGUUCAAAUGUGAUUGCGGCUUCGAAUGCGAAGACUGUGUUCAUGUAGUCGCGGAAUGUCCGUGGUACAAGGAGAGGGAAGUGUACGUGGCUGAGGUGGGAAAAAUAGAUGGGACGUACAGGGAGAUGAUUGAGGCAUGA